UGCUGCAAAUUUUUGCGGUUACUCAUUACAGGAUGCAACCAAUCAUUAUUCUGGUCGUGAUCGCGACACUCAUGUGCACUGUCGCAGGAAAACCAGGCGAUGUCUUCCCUCAGAAGGCUGUUUGGGAAAGCAUCGACUUACAAGAGGUGCUCAAGGGAUUACCGGAGGAAGCCAAGCAGGAAUGGAAAAAGAUAGACCGCAACACGGAUGGAACACUAGAAAAACGAAGAGAAGCGAAAAAAGAAUGGGCAAAGAAAUACGGUGUUGAGAACCAAUGGAACGAUUUUGUCAAAAAAAGAGCAAAUAUGGUCAGCAAAACUGCCGAGCUGUUGGCAAAGCUGCCAGAGCUGUAUCAAAAAUAUCGUGACACGUGGAAAGGCGACGAACUCUGGAAAAAUAUAGAGAAAAAACAGAAGAAGCUUGCCGCCAAGUACAAGAAGGAGUUCAUGCUCAUGAACAUCGCGAAGGAAAUGGUGGAAAGAGCUGAGCAUAAGAUUAAGUACUAAGAUUGGGACGAUUUGAAAUUCAGGGCUUAUCCUGUCAUUGCUGUGAUAUAAUUCCAG